AUGAUAACAUUUGGUUCUCAAGUAGACCAAUUAAAAAUUGUGGAAGAGUAACUUUCAGUCUAUUGCAAAUAUACUCAGAGGGAAAAUGUGGCUUCUAAUAACAGUUUUUGCUAUCUUUUCUAAAAUUUUGUAUAUUCAGUCUGAUGAAGUGGCAGAUAUUCUGUUUUCGUCAAAUACAGAAGAAUUACACAAUGUGCCUAUACAUUUCGAUAAACCUCUACCAACAUGGUUGAAAGGAACUAUGAUGAGAAAUGGCGUUGGACGUUUUGAAGUUGGUAACAGAAAAUACACAAACGCACUUGACGGGUUUGCGAAACUUGCCAGCUGGAGGUUCCCUGGAAAUGGUUCAGCAUAUUACAGCGCGAGGAUGAUUUACUCCGACUCUUACAACCAGUCUAUUGCAAGCAAUGACAUCGCGCCCUACCUCAUGCUAGACGAAGUAGAUCCAGCUUUUGAUAUAAUAAAAGAACUGGAAUCUUUCAAAAAUGGUCCAGAUAAUAUGAAUGUUAACAUAUUCAAUUUCGGUGGCAAAGACAUAGAUUUUGUCGUAGUGAGCGACUACUGGAAUUUGUACACAUUUGAUCCAUAUUCUCUCUUUACUCUGAAAGGCGUUCAUCCACCAGUCCCGGGCUCGUCAUCAUUUCUAGAUUCAGCCAUAGUCCUUGGUUCAGCACAUCCAGUUCCGGAGUACGGCACAGACAACUACCUUACAUUUGUCUCUGCAGCUGCACCUAUUCCAGGGCAGAAAAGCAAACUUAUUCUAACAAGGACAAAAUCAUCAAGUGAAAGGCAGGUUAUAGCAACCAUAGAAGUCGACAAGGCAUCGUAUAUGCAUUCCUUCGCAGUAACUCAGAACUAUGCAGUAUUUUUUGCCGUUCCUUUCUACGUAAAUCCACUCGGCAUGCUGAAAGACUUUAGACCCCUGGAUGCUUUUGAGUGGGUAAGCACAGAUGUAACGAAACUGUAUGCAGUUAAUUUGAAAACUGGACAAGUGAAAACUCUCGAGACCGAAAACAUGUUUUUCCUUCACGUUGUCAACGCUUACGAGUCGGAUCUGUUCAGAAAUGAAAUAAUAGUUGAUGUUUGCACUUUCAAAGACACAGGCGGACUUCAGCAGAUGGAAAUGAGUAGUCUUCACGACCCCGCAAAGAGGGUCAAGUCUUCAAUUCCGAUUCUGAAAAGGUACACGCUUGAUCUUGCCGGUGGUGAAGUGAAUGUUCAUACUUACGAGAGCAAAGAUCCGUCAUUAGCUUUUGUGAACGGUUUGGACUUUCCAACUAUAAACGAGAACUACAGGUUUAAGAGAUAUUGUUAUACCUACGGCGUAUCUUAUAACUACGACCACAAAGACUACCUUGAUAUGGCAAUAGUAAAGAAGGACUUGUGUUCUGGAAACGACAAGUCAUAUGCAGAAAAGGGCAAGUACCUAGCCGAACCCUAUUUCAUACCAAAUCCAAAAGGAACCAGAGAAGAUGAUGGAAUACUAGUUCUCCCGGUGCUUGAUAUAACAACAAAAUCUACGAACUUCACUAUAUUCAAUGCCACAGACUUUACACUGAUGAACUCAGCCAAGCUGCCACACAACCUCCCCGUCGGUACUCAUGGACGCUACUUCGACUACAUUUACUAGCAUUAAUAGCUCUUAACUGAAGAUUCUGACUUUGAAUAUGACUCUAUCCCUAUUAAACAGAUAAAAUAGUU